AUGAGGACAUUUCAGCGCUUCCCAACGUCUUCUGCAGCUUCAUCAUCAAAUUCUUUGUCACCUUCUGUGGAUGUGGAAAUGCUUUUUCAGUUUUUGAUUCUUCAAAGCGUCGAAGUUGUGGUCGAGUUUAAGGACUACAUUGUACAGAGCUUUGCUAGUCGAAAUGAACAAAUCGAAGAAUACCGAGCAGCGAUAUUCGGUGCGGGAUCUCGUCUGAGGUGCUGGCUUCAGCAAGGAUUUUUUUCGAGUCAAGCGAAGAAAACGAAUCAGCUCUUUUUAUUACAACCCGCUGUGCAUCCUCUGCAAUGUAUCGACAAUAUAUAUGAGCGCUUCGAUGACGUUAAAACCCAGCUACAGCUGGUAUACGCAGCGGUAGACCAACUCCAAACAAUCGGAGAGCAUAACAACAGCAACAUUUGUCACAUAUUAAAGCAAUUGAAACAAAAUCCAACAUGUUGCUGCAAAUGUAAUAAAUUCGAGUCUAUUGGAGCUUUGACAACCAAAAAUGCUUUCGCAAUUACCAAAGAGAAUCGUCUGAAUGAAACUCAAAGUGUAGAGCCUCAGUUACAACUGGAUCGAUUUGAACUUCCAAUGCAGCUUUUUCGGCCGUCGGCUGCUUUACAGGAAGAUAGCUCAGCGAUCUUGUAUAGGAUUAUCAAAUCCGUGGACAGCCGAGACCACACGAUAGUAGACGACGAUAUUUGGCAUCAAAUUUCGUAA